CGGAGGGGUGUGUGACGUGUGACGUGAUGACGUCACAGCGUCACAUCCGGCGAGCGGCCACAUCCGGGGACUCCGGGUCCGGCAGGGCCUCAAUGAAUGCCUGAUAUCUGGAUGAAAAGAAAACAAACAUCUCAGUUCUUCAUCUCAAGCCAUGGCUUAUCAGCUCUACAGAAACACUACUUUGGGAAACAGCCUUCAGGAGAGCCUCGAUGAGCUCAUACAGUCUCAGCAGAUCACGCCUCAGCUUGCUCUUCAAGUUCUCCUUCAGUUUGACAAGGCCAUCAAUUCAGCACUGGCCCAGCGAGUCAGGAAUAGAGUCAACUUCAGGGGCUCCCUAAAUACGUACAGAUUCUGUGAUAACGUGUGGACUUUUGUAUUGAACGAUGUUGAAUUCAGAGAGGUGACAGAGCUUGUUAAAGUGGAUAAAGUCAAAAUUGUAGCCUGUGAUGGAAAAAACACCGGCUCCAAUACUGCAGAAUGAAUAGAAAAGUGGUUUAUUAAUGCCAUUUUAUGUUGCUUUGUGGCACUUUCUGGAGAGAAGCAUGGAAGAGACUGUUUUUAUUUAUUCUAGCAACGCAGACACGAGCACACUGCUAGGCUACAACAAGAAUGCCAGUAGGAAGGAGCAUAUAACUACAGUGUCCCAAGUACUUUUUGUGGCAUGGAAAAAACAUUACUUUUUUAAAUGACAAAUCAAAUGUUGUUGCCUUGUUCUUGAAAAUUUUCUUUAAUAAACUCUUAUUUAAAAACUUG